AUGGCUGGUCCAGAAGCACCAACAGAUUGUCGUCUUGAAUAUUUGGGUAUUUGUAUUCAAAAAUCAUUGAAAUUAAAACCAGAAAAAUGGGGAAGGCUACUACUUACCGAAGAAUAUCGAAAUGCUGUACUUGAUUUUUUGGAUAAUCCAUAUCCAGCAGCACUUUUUGUUGUUUUAACACCAAAUGCACAAUUAGUUGCAUCAUGCAGUUUUCCAAUACCUUGCCAACGAACAAAAGGUACUUACGCUGUAAAAAUAAAAAUGACACCAGUACCAAAAGAUUUAGUAAUUUGUUCGUCAAUGUUGAUUGUCGGUGAUUUAUCAAACAGAGUUGUUGAUGAACUAGCAACACUGGUUGAUAAUAUUUUUUCACCACUUUUAAGUAAAGCUGAGAAUCAUAAAUCAUUGCCUGAAAUUGCAAUGCAAGAUAUUUGUAGGCAUGUUCAUUCAAUUCAAGGAACAUUGUAUCAGGUUAAAGGACAAGUUAAUGGAAAAACUGUACUACCAAUGCCAGCUGGAAUGGAAAAAGUUGCUGAAGUUGAAAGAUUAGUAAGAGAAGAAGGACCACAAGCAGUUGAUUUAUAUCUUAAAAGUGCAAUUGAAGGUGUUGUUAUUAAAUGGGCAUAUUUAGUUAAUGACGUUGUCACCCAAGAGUCCAGUGUUGCUUUUGACAAUGGACAAAAUCCUGUACCAACAAUUGAACUAGAAUACUGGUCAAAACGUUUGACAAAUUUGAGAUAUAUAUUUGAUCAACUUCGUGUGGAUCGUGUUAGAAAAAUGGCAAUAAUAUUGGAAAAAACUGACAGUGCUUAUUAUCCAUGUUUUCGUACAUUAUUUGGUAAUGUUGUAUCUUCUCUUGCUGAGGCUAAAGAAAUAUCAUUGUAUUUGACACCACUGAGAAAAUGUUUCAAAGCUAUUGAAGAAAUUGAUUUUUCUGAGGCUAAGCCCAUAAUGGCCACUGUGAUUCACACUGUUGGCUUAGCAUGGGCAAAAUCUCGCUACUAUCAAAGCUCUUCCAAGUUGAUUAUCAUGUUCAGACAGAUAUCCAACCUGUUGAUACAAGAAGCACGACGUUUUCUUGAUCCUUCAUCAAUAUUUCAAAGUGAUGUUGAUGAAGCAUUACAAAGAGUACAAAUAUCAAGAGGAGUACUGGAAGAAUUUAAAAAUCAAUUUGAAUAUGUUAAACAUCAACCUGGACUCAAGCCAAAUGUUCCACCAUGGACAUUUAAUCCAUCAGCUGUAUUUUAUCGUCUAGAUGCAUUUUUAAAAAGAUUAGCUGAUAUUGAAUGGUUAUUUCAUACAGUUAUAGAAUUUUCAAAACUUGAAAAAAUUGAAAUUGGCGGAAUAUUGGGUCGUUCAUUGAGUGCAAGAAUUGUUGGUGUAUUUAAAGAAUUUCAACAACUAUUUGCUUCAUUUUCAGCAAGAGCAAGUGAUGUCCUUGAACCAGAUGAUGAAUCAUUUGCUGUAGAUUGUGCCAAAUUUGGUGAAUCAAUCACAGAUCUUGAUAGUAAAUUGGCAGCAAUUCUUUGCCAAGCUUUUGACGAUUGUAGUAAUCUCGAAAGUGCUUUCAAGUUGAUCAAUAUCGGUGGUACUGUCUUGGAUCGUUCAGUGAUUCGUAAGCAAUUUACAGACCGUUACUCCCGGAUAUACGAACUGCUGAAUAACGAAUUGACAAUGGUAGAGGUGCUGUUCAAUCGUGGUAUACGUGGAGCCAUGAACAGUUUUCCCCCUUUGACUGCAGAGUUACAAUUUACGAGCAUGCUGAGACAGCGAAUCGAUCUUCCUGUGCAGUCCUUCAAGAACCUCCAUAAUUCUAUUGUUGAAAGUCAAGAGGGACAAGAUAUUAUUUUGAGAUAUGAAAAAUUUUUAAAUACACUGAGUGAUAAAGAAUCUCAUUUAUUUAAAGAAUGGGUUGAUCGUGUUCCAACAAUUAUUGAAAAUGGAUUAAAAAGAACACUAUUAACACGAGAUCGAGGCUCAAUAUUAUUAAUGGUUAAUUUUGAUAUUGAAUUACUUGCUGUAUUAAAAGAAGUAAAUUAUUUAAAACAAAUAACUCAUUCAAAUAUUCCAAAUUUAGCAUUAAAUGUAUCUGAAGAAUCAGAGACAUUUAGAAAAUAUCGUACACUAUUAAAUAUAACUGUAAUGGCAUACAAUGAUAUUAGACGAACAUCCCAACAAGUUGAGUAUAAUUUAAUUGAGCUUGAAGUUGCAAGAAUCGAUUCUUUAGUAACAAGGGGAGAAAAAGAAUUGUGUUGGAAAUCAAAUGGAUUACCUGAUUAUAGCAAUGAGCUGAGUGGACUAGUACAAAGUUUGUGGAAAAGAUUAAAAGCAAUUCAAACAAAUGUUGAAAAAAUAAAAGAUAUUUUAGAGCCAUGGACAAAAACUCCAUUAAUUGAAAGAAAAGAUCAUAGAAAAGAUACACUUUUGUCAUUAGAUGAUAGAGAUGAAAAUAUAUCAAAACGUUAUUCUGAUAUGAAAAUUGCUGCUGAACGUAUUCAUGAACUUUUAAAAGAAAAUGAAUUAUUAUUUGAAAUAUCAAGUGAUAAUAAUGAUUCAUGGAAAGCAUAUGUAGCAUAUGUUGAUGAUAUUGUAACUGAGUCACUUCGUAAAACACUUGGCUGUUGUCUUAGCUAUCUGUCUGAAAAUAUUGAUCCGUCGUCUCACAAUGAACCACUUCUAGAAGCAAAACUUGAACUUCGUGAACCUGAUUUAUAUUACGAGCCAUCUUUAGAUCCAGAUGAUCCAGAUGGUCUUGAGCAAUUAAUCAUUGGACUUCUCAAUGACAUUAUGAAUAUGGUAACAAUUUUUCCUCGUUUAAAAACUGAUGCUAUUGGAUAUGGUCCAGAGCUUGAACAAGACGAUGAUAUUAAAGCUAUGAAAAAUGAAAUUUUAUCAAGUGUCUCAAAAGCAGUUGAUGAAGCCACAGAAUUUUGUGGGAUUUUUGAAGGAUACGCGUAUUUGUGGUUGGAAGAUCGUGAUAUUGUAAUGCAACAAUUUUUAGAAUAUAGUCGUCAAUUGUCAUUAGAUGAAAUGGAAAUGAUAACAUUACUUGAUCCAAAAGCACCACGAAAAAUACCACCAAAAAUGGAGCAAUUUCGUGAACAAAUUGAUCUUUAUGAGGGUUUAUAUCUUGAAAUUGAAGAAAUGAGCCCAUCAAAAAUUUUUUGUAGUUGGUUUCGAGUCAAUUUAAGACCAUUCAAGCAGUCUCUUCUCAACACUGUCUGUAAAUGGUCAAGUAUGUUUAAAAAACAUCUCGUUGAACGUGUCACAAGUAGUCUAUCUGAUUUAGGAAAUUUCAUAAGACUUGCUGAUGAAGGUUUAUUACAACAAAUAUCACCAGGUGAUUACGUGGGUCUUGUUAGUGUCAUGGGAUAUUUAAUGCAAGUUAAAGAACGCCAGCCAACAACAGAUGAAAUGUUUCAGCCACUUCAAGAGACUAUUGAACUACUAAAAUUUUACGAUCAAGAUAUAUCCGAAGAGGUCAAUGUUUUACUACAAGAAUUACCUGAACAAUGGGCAAAUACUAAAAAAUUAGCUCUCAUGGUUAAACAACAAGUUGCACCAUUACAAGCAAGUGAAGUAUCAAGAAUACGUGCAAGAAUAUCAGCAUUUGAUACAACAAUUGGUCAUUAUCGUGAAGCAUUUCGUCGUUAUGGUUUUUUUAAAUAUGAUUGUCGUAAUUCAUAUGAUCAAUUGGAUGAAACGGACAGAGAAAUAUGUAUGCUUGAGCGUCAAAUGAGUGAUAUUCAAGAAUCAGCAUCACUCUUUGAAGUAACUGUACCAGAAUUUAAACAAUUAAAACAAUGUAGACGUGAAUUAAAAAUGUUAAAACAAUUAUGGGAUUAUGUUAAUAUUGUACACAGCAGUAUUGAAGGAUGGAAAACAACACCAUGGCGUAAAAUUGACGUUGAAAAUAUGGAUAUUGAGUGUAAAAAAUUUGCCAAAGAAAUACGAGCUCUUGAUAAAGAAAUGAGACCAUGGGAUACAUAUGUAUCACUUGAGGCAACUGUAAAAAAUAUGUUGACAUCAUUACGUGCUGUUGGUGAACUUCAAAAUCCAGCAAUACGUGAAAGACAUUGGAGACAAUUGAUGAACAGUACUAAGAGACUUGGCGAUAUGACUCCAGAAAUGACAGUACGUUUUGUCAUGGAUGACACAACGACACUGGCUGAUUUACUUGAAUUGAGUCUUCAUGAAUGCGAAGAAGAAGUUAAAAAUAUUGUGGAUAAAGCUGUUAAAGAAAUGUCUAUGGAAAAAUAUCUUAGAGAAUUAAAUUCUACUUGGUCAGCAAUGGAAUUUGAGAGAGAAAUUCAUCAACGUACUGGAGCAACUUUAUUAAGAGCAAGCGAAGAACUUAUUGAAACUUUAGAAGAGAAUCAGGUACAACUACAAAAUCUUAUAACAUCAAAAUUUAUUGCUCAUUUUUUGGGUGAAGUUUCUGGCUGGCAAAAAAAAUUAUUUAUAGCUGAUCAAGUUACAACAGUAUGGUUUGAAGUUCAACGUACAUGGAUGCAUUUGGAGAGUAUAUUUAUGUCAUCUGAAGAUAUUAGAAAACAAUUACCAGUUGAUGCUGAACGUUUUAAUAGAAUUGAUGAUGAAUUUAAAAAAAAAACAAUGGAAAUGUCUAAAACACCAAAUGUCGUUGAGGCAACAAAUAAAGAUGGACUUGCAUCAUCACUUGAUGUAUUACAAAAAGAAUUAGUAUUAUGUGAAAAAGCACUUGCUGAAUAUUUAGAAACAAAAAGACUUGCAUUUCCAAGAUUUUAUUUUGUAUCAUCCAGUGAUUUAUUGGAUAUAUUGUCAAAUGGUAAUCAGCCACAAGUUGUUGCUAAACAUUUAACAAAAUUAUUUGAUUCAAUGGCUAGACUUAAAUUUGUUUCAAGCAACGAUAAUAGUACUACACAAGUGGUUGAAGGCAUGUAUGCAAAAGAUGGUGAAUAUGUAGCUUUUGCAAAUUGUGAAAUGUAUUGUGAUGGACCAGUUGAAGUAUGGUUAAAUCGUUUACAACGUGCAAUGCGUGUAUCAAUACGACAUUAUUUUGGUGAAGCAGUUGUUGGCUAUGAAGAAAAACCACGUGAACAAUGGCUAUUUGAUUAUCCAGCCCAGGUAUCACUUUGUGGUACUCAAAUAUGGUGGACAACUGAGGUAAAUUUAGCAUUUUCACGUCUUGAAGAAGGCUAUGAUAAUGCCUUGAAAGAUUAUUUAAAAAAACAAAUAUCACAACUCAGUACAUUAAUAACACUUUUACUUGGUGAAUUAUCAAAACAAGAUCGUCAAAAAGUUAUGACAAUAUGUACAAUUGAUGUACAUUCAAGAGAUGUUGUUGCUAAACUUGUUCAAGCUAAAGUUGAAACAGCACAAGCAUUUCAAUGGCAAAGUCAACUUCGUCAUCGUUGGGAUGAAAAAGAAAAAGAUUGUUUUGCAAAUAUUUGUGAUGCUCAAUUUAAAUAUUCACAUGAAUAUUUAGGUAAUACACCAAGACUAGUUAUUACACCAUUGACAGAUAGAUGUUAUAUAACUUUAACACAAUCAUUACAUUUGGUUAUGGGUGGAGGUCCAGCAGGUCCAGCUGGUACAGGAAAAACAGAAACAACAAAAGAUCUUGGAAGAGCACUUGGUAUUAUGGUUUAUGUUUUUAAUUGCUCUGAACAAAUGGAUUAUAAAUCAUGUGGUAAUAUUUACAAGGGUCUUGCACAAACUGGAGCAUGGGGAUGUUUUGAUGAAUUUAAUAGAAUAUCAGUUGAGGUAUUAUCAGUUGUUGCUGUACAAGUAAAAUCUGUACAAGAUGCAAUACGUGAUAAAAAAAAAACAUUUAAUUUUAUGGGUGAAAUAAUUGCCCUGGAAACAAGUGUUGGUAUAUUUAUAACAAUGAAUCCAGGCUAUGCUGGUCGUACAGAAUUACCAGAAAAUUUAAAAGCAUUAUUUCGUCCUUGUGCAAUGGUUGUUCCUGAUUUUGAAUUAAUAUGUGAAAUAAUGUUAGUUGCUGAAGGUUUUCAAGAGGCAAGAAUAUUAGCUAGAAAAUUUAUAACAUUAUAUACAUUAUGUAAAGAAUUAUUAUCAAAACAAGAUCAUUAUGAUUGGGGAUUAAGAGCAAUUAAAUCAGUACUUGUUGUUGCUGGUAGUUUAAAACGUGGUGAUCCAGAAAGACCAGAAGAAGAAGUAUUAAUGCGUGCAUUAAGAGAUUUUAAUAUUCCAAAAGUUGUAUCUGAUGAUUUACCAGUAUUUAUGGGUUUAAUUGCUGAUUUAUUUCCAGCACUUGAUGUACCAAGAAAACGUGAUGUUGAAUUUGAAAAAACAGUUAAACAAGCAGCUGCUGAUUUAUUAUUACAACCAGAAGAUGGUUUUAUAUUAAAAGUUGUACAACUUGAAGAAUUACUUGAAGUAAGACAUUCAGUAUUUAUAAUUGGUACUGCUGGAUCUGGUAAAACACAAGUAUGGAGAACGCUAUUUAGAACAUAUCAAAAUAUUAAAAAAAAACCAAUAUACAAUGAUUUAAAUCCAAAAGCCGUGACAAAUGAUGAGCUAUUUGGUAUUAUUAAUCCAGCAACAAGAGAAUGGAAAGAUGGCUUAUUUUCAGUUAUCAUGAGAGAACAAGCAAAUUUAGGUGGUGAUAAUGCAAAGUGGAUAAUAUUAGAUGGUGAUAUUGAUCCAAUGUGGAUUGAAUCAUUAAAUACUGUUAUGGAUGAUAAUAAAAUUUUAACAUUAGCUAGUAAUGAAAGAAUUGCAUUGACACCAGCAAUGAGAUUAUUAUUUGAAAUUUCAAAUUUACGUACAGCAACACCAGCAACUGUUUCAAGAGCUGGUAUAUUAUAUAUUAAUCCACAAGAUCUUGGCUGGAAUCCAUAUGUUACAAGUUGGAUUGAAACUAGAACAAUACCAGCUGAAAAAUCAAAUCUUGUUAUUUUAUUUGAUAAAUAUAUACCAAUAUGUCUUGAAACAUUAAGAACAAGAUUUAAAAAAAUAACACCAAUUGCAGAUAUGGCACAUGUUGAAAUGUUAUGUCAUUUAUUAAAUUGUUUAUUAAAACCUGAAUUAACAGCAAAUGAUUUUACAAAAGAUCAUUAUGAACUUUAUUUUGUAUUUGCAGCAGUAUGGGCAUUUGGAUCAGCAAUGUUUCAAGAUCAAACAAUUGAUAAUAGAGUUGAAUAUACUAAAUGGUGGGUUAAUGAAUUUAAACAAAUUAAAUUUCCACCACAAGGUACAGUAUUUGAUUAUUACAUUGAUAAUGAAACAAAAGAAUUUGUACAUUGGUCAGAAAAAGUACCGAAAUUUGAACUUGAUCCAGAUAUGCCAUUACAAGCAGCACUUGUAUAUACAUCUGAAUCAAUUAGAAUUAAAUAUUUUUUAGAUAUUUUAAUGGCUGAAAAACAUCCAGUUAUGCUUGUUGGUACAGCUGGUUGUGGUAAAACUGUAUUGGUGUCUGAAAAAUUACUUCAAUUGUCUGAUAAUUAUACAGUUGCAAAUGUUCCAUUUAAUUUUUAUACAUCAUCUGAAAUGUUACAAAAAAUAUUAGAAAAACCAUUGGAAAAAAAAGCUGGAAGAAAUUAUGGUCCACCAGGUAACAAGACAUUGAUAUAUUUUGUUGAUGAUUUAAAUAUGCCUGAGGUUGAUAAUUAUGGAACAGUUCAACCACAUACAUUGAUAAGACAACAUUUAGAUUAUGGACACUGGUAUGAUAGAACUAAACUUUCAUUAAAAGACAUUCAUAAUUGUCAGUAUGUCAGUUGUAUGAAUCCAACUGCUGGUUCAUUUACAAUUAAUCCAAGAUUACAACGUCAUUUUGCUGUUUUUGCUGUUAAUUUUCCAAAUCAUGAUUCAUUGACAACUAUAUACUCUUCUAUUUUAUCACAGCAUCUAGCAAAUCUUGAGCAUCGAUUUCCUCUGAUAGUAACAGAAAUGUGUAAAAAUAUUGUACAAGCAUCUCUUCAAAUACAUCAUCGAUGUGCACAAGUGUUUCUUCCAACAGCAACAAAAUUUCAUUAUAUUUUUAAUCUACGUGAUUUAUCAAAUUGCUUUCAAGGAAUGUUAUUUAGUGGCAAUGAAUGUUUACAGACACCCAUUGAUAUAAUACGUCUUUGGAUGCAUGAAACUUAUCGAGUUUAUGGUGACAAAUUAACAGAUGAAAAAGACAUUGAUAGUUUUAGUAAAAUGCAAAUUGAUAUUUUAAAAAAAAAUACUGAAGAUGUUGAUGAAAGUGCUGUACUAGAAAAACCUAAUAUUUACUGUCAUUUUGCAGGUGGUGUGGGUGAGCCAAAGUAUAUGCCAGUAAAAGAUUGGACAACUCUUCAUCGUUUGCUAUCUGAAGCACUAAUGAGCUACAAUGAUUUAGUAUCAGCAAUGAAUUUAGUACUAUUUGAAGAUGCAAUGAUGCAUGUAUGUCGUAUUAAUAGAAUUUUAGAAUCACCAAGAGGAAGUGCAUUGUUAGUUGGUGUUGGUGGUUCAGGAAAACAAAGUCUUUCACGUCUUGCAGCAUUUAUAAGUUCACUAGAAGUAUCACAAAUACAAUUAAAAAAAGGAUAUGGUAUAUUUGAUUUAAAAAUUGAACUUGCUGCACUUUAUAUGAAAUCAGGAUUAAAAAAUAUUGGUAUUAUGUUUUUAAUGACUGAUGCACAAGUACCAAAUGAACAAUUUUUAGUAUUAAUUAAUGAUAUGCUAGCAUCUGGUGAAGUACCUGAUUUAUUUCCAGAAGAUGAAGUUGAAAAUAUUAUAGCAGGUGUAAGAAAUGAGGUAAAAGGAGCAGGAAUAUUAGAUACCCGAGAGAACUGUUGGAAAUUUUUUAUCGACCGCGUUAGACGUCAGCUAAGAGUUGUAUUGUGUUUUUCACCAGUUGGUUCAACUUUACGAGUUAGAUCUAGAAAAUUUCCAGCAAUUAUAAAUUGUACCGCAAUUAAUUGGUUUCAUGAAUGGCCUCAAGAAGCACUUAUGUCUGUUUCAAAACGUUUUCUUGAAGUAGUCAAUGAACUACCUGAAAAUUACAGAGAAUCAGCAUCAAAAUUUAUGGCUCAUGCUCACACAAGUGUUAAUACAGCAAGUCGUUUAUAUUUAGCAGGAGAAAGACGUUACAAUUAUACAACACCAAAAUCAUUUUUAGAACAAAUUAGUUUAUAUGGUAAACUUUUAAAAUCAAAAGCACGUGAAUUAAGAGGUCGUAUUGAAAGAUUAGAAAAUGGUUUAGCAAAAUUAAAAUCAACAGCAGCACAAGUUGAUGAAUUAAAAGAAAAAUUAGCAAUACAAGAAAUUGAAUUACAACAAAAAAAUGAAGCUGCUGAUGCUUUAAUAACAAUUGUUGGUAUUGAAACAGAUAAAGUACAAAAAGAAAAAGCAUUAGCUGAUGAGGAAGAAUCAAAAGUUGCCGUAAUUGCUGAAGAAGUAUUGAAGAAACAGCGUGACUGUGAAGCAGACUUGCUGAAAGCAGAACCAGCAUUACUUGCAGCACAAGAGGCUUUAAACACACUUAAUAAAGCAAAUCUUACUGAAUUAAAGUCAUUUGGUUCACCACCGGGUGCCGUGACCAAUGUCACUGCCGCAGUAAUGGUCCUUCUUGCACCAGGUGGCAAGGUGCCAAAGGACAGAAGUUGGAAAGCCGCCAAGAUUACAAUGGCAAAAGUAGAUGCAUUUUUAGAUGGACUUAUAAAUUAUGAUAAAGAGGAUAUUCAUCCAGAAGUUAUAAAAGCCAUACAGCCAUAUCUUAAAGAUUCAGAAUUUGAACCAGAAUUUAUUAGAUCAAAGUCAGCUGCUGCUGCUGGACUAUGUGCAUGGGUCAUAAAUAUUAUUAAAUUUUAUGAAGUUUUUUGUGAUGUUGAACCAAAAAGAAAAGCUCUUGCACAAGCUAAUGCUGAAUUGGCAGCAGCUCAAGAAAAAUUAAGUGGUAUCAAACGUAAAGUUGCUUCAUUGGAAGAGCAAUUAGCCAAACUCACAGCAGACUUUGAACAGGCAAUAGCUGAGAAACUCAAAUGUCAGCAAGAAGCAGACGCAACUAACGCUAUUAUAGCUUUGGCUAAUCGAUUAGUCGGAGGUCUUGCAUCAGAAAAUAUACGUUGGGCUGAUUCUGUUGCCAAUUUGGUACAACAAGGAUUAACAUUACCUGGUGAUGUACUAUUAGUUACAGCAUUUAUAUCAUAUGUUGGCUGUUUUACAAAAUCAUUUCGUCUUGAUCUUUUAAAUAAACAAUGGUUACCCUAUCUACGUACAAUUGAACCUGAGGUACCAAUUACUGAGGGUCUUGAUGUUCUUACUCUUCUUACAAAUGACACUCAAAUUGCUAAAUGGAAUAAUGAGGGUUUACCAAAUGAUCGUAUGUCAACUGAAAAUGCUACUAUUUUAACAAAUUCUGAUAGAUGGCCAUUAAUGAUUGAUCCACAGCUGCAAGGUAUUAAAUGGAUUAAACAAAAAUAUGGUGAUGAAUUGAAGGUAAUUAGAUUGGGACAACGUGGUUAUUUAGAUGUUAUUGAACAAUCAUUGGCAGCUGGAGCAACAGUACUUGUAGAAAAUAUAGGUGAAUCUGUUGAUCCAGUUUUAGAUCCUUUGUUAGGUCGUAAUCUUAUAAAAAAAGGUCGAGCUAUAAAAAUUGGUGACAAGGAAGUUGAAUAUAAUCCAACAUUUAGACUUUUGUUACAAACAAAAUUAGCAAAUCCUCAUUAUAAACCAGAAAUGCAAGCACAAACAACGUUAAUUAAUUUUACUGUUACAAGAGAUGGUUUAGAGGAUCAAUUAUUAGCUGAAGUUGUUAAAGCAGAACGUCCUGAUCUUGAAGAAUUAAAAGCUGAUUUAACAAGACAACAAAAUGAUUUUAAAAUAACACUAAAUGGCCUUGAAGAUUCUUUACUAUCUAGACUUUCAUCAGCUGAUAGUAAUGUUUUGGGUGAUACUGCAUUAGUCGAAAAUUUAGAAACAACAAAAAGAACAGCAGCUGAAAUUGAAGUAAAAGUAACAGAAGCACGUGGUACAAGUAAAGAAAUUGAUGCAGCUAGAGAAUUAUAUAGACCAGCAGCAGCACGUGCAUCAUUACUUUAUUUUAUUCUUAAUGAAUUAAAUACAAUAAAUCCAAUAUAUCAAUUUUCAUUAAAAGCAUUUAGUGUUGUUUUUCAAAAAGCUAUAUUGAAAGCUGAUCCAGCUCCUGAUGUUACAAGCAGAGUUAUAAAUCUCAUUGAAUGUAUAACAUACUCAGUAUUUAUGUAUACAACAAGAGGUCUAUUUGAAUGUGACAAGUUAAUUUUUACAUCACAAAUGGCAUUUCAAAUUCUUUUAACAAGAAAAGAAAUAUUACCAGCUGAAUUAGAUUUUCUUCUUCGUUUUCCAAUUAUUCCACAUGUCACAUCACCAGUUGAUUUUUUAACAAAUUCUAGUUGGGGUGGUAUAAGAAGUCUUGCAACGAAAGAUGAUUUUAGAAAUUUAGAUAGGGAUAUUGAAACUUCAUCAAAAAGAUGGAAAAAAUUUGUUGAAUGUGAAUGUCCAGAGAGAGAAAAAUUUCCACAAGAAUGGAAAAAUAAAACUUCUUUACAAAGAUUAUGUAUGCUUCGUGCUUUACGCCCUGACAGAAUGACAUACGCAAUAUCAGCAUUUAUUGAAGAUAAACUUGGUGUUAAAUAUGUCGAGGGUAAAUCAGUUGAAUUUUCAAAAUCUUUUGAAGAAACAAGUCCAUCAACACCAAUAUUUUUUAUCCUAUCACCAGGAGUAAAUCCUCUCAAAGAUGUAGAAGAUUUAGGUCAUCGUUUGGGUUUUUCAUCAGAUGCACAAAAUUUUCAUAAUGUAUCACUUGGCCAAGGACAAGAAUCAGUUGCUGAAAAUGCAAUGGAUAUUGCAUCAAAAUCAGGUCAUUGGGUUGUAUUACAAAAUAUACAUCUUGUAAAAAAAUGGCUACCGUCAUUGGAAAAAAAAUUAGAAAUAUCAGCUGAAGGAUCACAUAUUAAUUAUCGUGUAUUUAUGAGUGCUGAACCAGCAAGUACACCAGCUGGUCAUAUUAUACCACAGGGUGUUUUAGAAUCAUCAAUUAAAAUAACAAAUGAACCACCAACUGGAAUGCAAGCAAAUUUACACAAGGCACUUGAUAAUUUUACUCAAGAAACACUUGAAAUGUGUACUAAAGAAGCUGAAUUUAAAUCAAUAUUAUUUUCAUUGUGUUAUUUUCAUGCUGUUGUUGCUGAAAGAAGAAAAUUUGGACCACAAGGUUGGAAUAAAAUAUAUCCAUUUAAUGUUGGUGAUCUUAAUAUAAGUGUUAGUGUACUUUAUAAUUAUCUUGAGGCAAGUCCACGUGUACCAUGGGAAGAUUUAAGAUAUUUAUUUGGUGAAAUUAUGUAUGGUGGUCAUAUAACUGAUGAUUGGGAUCGUCGUUUAUGUGUAUCAUAUCUUGAAGAAUUAAUGCAACCAGAUUUAGUUGAUGGAGAAUUACAAUUAGCACCUGGUUUUCCUGCACCACCAAAUACAGACCUUACUGGUUACCAUGCCUACAUUGACGAAUCAAUUCCAGCUGAGUCACCCUAUCUAUAUGGUUUACAUCCAAAUGCUGAAAUUGGAUUUCUGACAACAACAUCGGAAAAUUUGUUUAGAACUGUUUUUGAAAUGCAGCCAAGAGAUGCUGGUGAUUCUGGUGGACAAACAGUCACCAGAGAAGACAAAGUCAAACAAAUACUUGAUGAAAUUGUAGAAAAAUUACCAGAAGAAUUCAACAUGAUUGAUAUAAUGGCCAAGGUUGAAGAACGUACACCCUAUGUCAUUGUGGCAUUUCAAGAGUGUGAGAGAAUGAAUGGCUUGACUGGUGAAAUUAAACGUUCCCUCAGAGAAUUAGAUCUUGGCUUGAAGGGUGAAUUGACCAUAACAUCGGAUAUGGAAGAUUUAGAAAAUGCACUAUUUUUAGAUCAAGUACCAGCUAUAUGGUCACAAAGAGCAUACCCAUCACUGCUUGGUUUGACAGCAUGGUUUGUUGAUCUUUUACUUCGUUUACGUGAACUUGAAACAUGGUCAACUGAUUUUGCACUUCCAUCAUCAGUUUGGUUAGCUGGUUUUUUUAAUCCACAAUCAUUAUUAACAGCAAUAAUGCAAUCAACAGCAAGACGACAAGAAUUACCACUUGAUAAAAUGUGUUUACAGUGUGAUGUUACAAAAAAAAAUAAAGAAGAAUUUACUUCUGCCCCGAGAGAUGGUGCUUAUGUACAUGGUAUUUUUAUGGAAGGUGCAAGAUGGGAUUCACAAACUGGAUUAUUAAUGGAUUCUAGACCAAAAGAAUUAUUUCCAAUGCUACCAGUUAUUAAUGUUCGUGCAAUAACACAAGACAAACAAGACUUACGCAAUAUGUAUGAAUGUCCAUUGUAUAAAACACGAACACGUGGUCCAACUUAUGUUUGGACAUUUAAUCUCAAAUCAAAAGACAAACCAGCUAAGUGGACAUUAGCUGGUGUUGCUCUUUUACUUCAAACUUAA